AAUUAUACUUUGUAUAAGAGCUUUAUGGAAAAUGUGGAUUUAGCAAAUAACGAAACCUUUAAUUAUACUUUGUAUAAGAGUUCUAUGGAAAAUGUGAAUUUAUUCGAAGGCGAUAUUAGAUUGGAUACGUCAUUCGGAGAGGUGAUUUAUAAAUUUUUACACAUUUAACCUUAGUUUGUUCAUUUUUAGGACCUACACUAUUGUUUUUGGCGACUCGAGAGAAAAGCGAUGUCGGGAUGCUCUUCCCGGCAUCUUCGUGCCUUCUAAUUUCUUUAACAGAAUCGCAAUCUGCAAUCUCCUGGAUAGAGUCUAUCCAUUAAGUUCUCUCGUCCACGUGUAUCUUACAUAUUAGAAUUGCACGUUCAUUACGAAGGACUUGGAAAUCUUAUAUGGUGACCUUAGAAUCCAGACCAUGCCGAAGAUAAACUAUUAGACGACCAAGAAUGUCGAUAUUCUAAUCAUAUGUGAUCACCACUGUAAUUAAGAUCUCUCGAAUAGAAGAAAACAAUGUAUCGAUGUUUAAUAUUCUUAUGCGUAUUUUGUUUUCCGGAUUUUCUACUCCCUCCUUCUUGCGGAAACAAAUGAGGCCUUAUCUAGUACUCAUUGUGAGUUUGCCCAGAUCACUCAUCGUGGACCUGGGCAAACCCACAAUUAACACAACAAUUUUCGCGGGUCGUUUCAGGGUUUCCAUUCAAAAUGGUGAUGCUUUUCGUGGUAUCUGUAUUCGGACUGUCGCAUGGAUAACGGAUGCCACAAACUUUAGUCGAGCCGUUGUAUUGCAUCACAGAGUUUGGGAUGAUGGUAUAAUAUAUUACAAGUUUUCUCCUGACUUAAAAAUUGUCAGAAUUUUUACUUUGAUAACAAUUAUUGACUACAUCCAACUUGUAACUUGCUUACGUUUUGUAUAUAGAAGAACAGAGGAUAAUUAUAUUUAUAUACAGGAAGGAGAAGGAUGUAAUUCCCACAUUGGAAAACCGGGUGGACGUCAGAUUCUUAAUUUAGGAAGUGGAUGUUGGAACGUCGGAAUAAUACUUCACGAAUUAGGCCACGCUAUUGGCUUGUUUCACGAACAUACUCGACGGGAUCGUGAUAAAUAUAUAAAAAUUUUAUGGGAUAAUAUUAAAGAAGAACAUAAAGAAGCGUUUCAGAUUUACCCCAGCCUUGGAGUAUGUGGCACUUAUAGUUACGAUACUAUUAUGCACUAUGGUCCUAAACUAGGCGCUAAACAUGGUAAAAUUACUUUAAUGCCAACUGUUCCAAAUGUUACCAUUAAAGAAAUUACUGACCGGCAAUUAUUGUCAGAAUCCGACAUUAAAUGUGUUAACAAGUUAUACAAAUGCGAAUAAAUUCGGUUGUAAAUAUAUAAAUAAAAUUUAGUCCAUUAUAUGAAUUUUAAUGGCAAAACUUUUUUUUAUG